AUGUUGUAUGUUAUUGAUGAUAUACAAACAGCUGCAUGGCAUAAAGCAUGUCCUAAAACCGACACAGAGUACCAAGACGCGCACACUGAAAUAAGUCCAACCGGACACGUCUGCACAAUAUCCGAAAACAUCGAAUCGAACAACCCAAAACAAGGCAAAGUUGGACGUUUCAAGGCAAGAAUAGCCCCGGGCCACCACAAAAACUGUACCCAGAAGCAAAUAAAACAGGGUUCCAUAAAAGAGAAAAACCCGCCGAUUCAAUCAGGCAGUGUUCUUCCUCAUGGACACCAUCACACGAAGAACGUCAAUCAUCACCAGUGUUGCGGUGCUUUCGGAAAUCCACAUGUGAGACAUAAAGCUAGUAACUCUAGUUGUCACUUAAUUUAA